GGGGGGGUGUGCCAUUAGGGUACCUGCGCCUGUUUAGAGGGCCGUGGAUGUGGACGUGCGGGAGGGAGAGGCGUGCCAGGAGAGCGCGGGAAAGAUUACUGGAGAGGUGAGGGUGCGUCCGCUCGCCGCGCCCUGGCUCGCGCGGCCCCUGGCCGGGCAAGGGGUGUGAUGCGCGAGUGGGGUGGGAGGGGGCAGCAGGCGGGGCCUGCCACGUCACUUGGAGAGAGUGUGUUGGGAAGGAAGGGCAGAGCGGAGAGCCGAGCCGCUGCAGCUGCCGCGGCUGCAGCGAAGGCACAAGGGCUGGGGAGGUGGGUCCGCGCGCCCCGGCGCCGGGGCGGCCCCAGGGCCCUCUCGCAGGCCAGCGGCGCGGCUCGGAGGGAGGCGGUGGCGGCCGCGGCGGCGGGAACGGCGACCUUGGCCAGUGGAGCCCGCGGUGGCCGUAGGGCGGAGGCCGAGCCCCGCCAGGCGUCUUGGCCGAGCCGGAGGGAGGCGCAUCUGGCGCUCGGGUCCCAGCGGCGGCCGGGGGUCUGGAGCUGCUGGAGGAGCGCCGCGGGAGCUGGGACGUGCUGACCGGUCUGGAGGGCGGACCCCCGCGUCCCGGAGCCCAGUCUGGGGAGGGCGGGGGCGCGAAGCCACGCUUCUUUCCUGGCGUCCAGCUGCACACGCGCCAGGCUGCGGUUCCAGGUACCACAAGCUCUAUCUAGCAUCGUGCGCGGAUAACUGGGGGCGCGGAGCCGAACCCUCCGCGCCCAGGUCACCUCCCCAGACCUAGCCCGGUGAAGACCAGGGCUUCGGGGCUUAGGGACCCGACGUCGGUCGUACCGCGAGCCCCACCCCGAAAAGAAGGCGCCGCCGAGAGCUGGGAGGCGGCGCCGUGCCCGGGAGGUCGUGUCGUGGGCGCCGUCCUAGUGGCGGGGAGCGCACCGCGGAGGGGACAUGCGAUCGGAGAAAUCCCUUACGUUGGCGGCGCCGGGGGAGGCCCGUGGGCCGGAGGGGGAGCAACAGGAUGCCGGAGACUUCCCGGAGGCCGGCGGCGGCGGCGGCGGCUGCUGUAGUAGCGAGCGGCUGGUCAUCAACAUCUCCGGGCUGCGCUUCGAGACGCAGCUGCGCACCCUGUCGCUGUUCCCCGACACGCUCCUGGGGGACCCCGGCCGCCGUGUCCGCUUCUUCGACCCGCUGAGGAACGAGUACUUCUUCGACCGCAACCGGCCCAGCUUCGACGCCAUCCUCUACUACUACCAGUCGGGGGGCCGGCUGCGGAGGCCGGUCAACGUGCCGCUGGACAUCUUCCUGGAGGAGAUCCGCUUCUACCAGCUCGGGGACGAGGCCCUGGCUGCCUUCCGCGAGGACGAGGGCUGCCUGCCCGAGGGUGGCGUGGACGAGAAGCCACUGCCCUCCCAGCCCUUCCAGCGCCAGGUGUGGCUGCUCUUCGAGUACCCGGAGAGCUCGGGGCCCGCCCGGGGCAUCGCCAUCGUCUCGGUGCUGGUCAUCCUCAUCUCCAUCGUCAUCUUUUGUCUGGAGACGCUGCCGCAGUUCCGCGCAGAUGGUCGAGGUGGAAGCAAUGGUGGUGGUGUCUCCCCGGUGUCCAGGGGCAGCCAGGAGGAAGAGGAGGAUGAAGACGAUUCCUAUACGUUUCAUCCUGGCAUCACCGCGGGGGGAAUGGUGGCAGGGGGCUCCUCCCCACUAAGUACCCUUGGGGGCUCCUUCUUCACCGACCCCUUUUUUCUGGUGGAGACGCUGUGCAUUGUCUGGUUCACCUUCGAGCUGCUGGUGCGCUUCUCCGCCUGCCCCAGCAAGCCAGCCUUCUUCCGCAACAUCAUGAACAUCAUCGACUUGGUGGCCAUCUUCCCCUACUUCAUCACCCUGGGCACCGAGCUGGUGCAGCAGCAGGGACAGCAGUCCGCCAGUGGAGGCGGCGGCCAGAACGGGCAGCAGGCCAUGUCCCUGGCCAUCCUCAGAGUGAUCCGCCUGGUCCGGGUGUUCCGCAUCUUCAAGCUGUCCCGCCACUCCAAGGGGCUGCAGAUCCUGGGCAAGACCCUGCAGGCGUCCAUGCGGGAGCUGGGUCUGCUCAUCUUCUUCCUGUUCAUCGGGGUCAUCCUCUUCUCCAGCGCCGUCUACUUCGCAGAGGCCGACGAUGACGAUUCGCUCUUUCCCAGCAUCCCGGAUGCCUUCUGGUGGGCCGUGGUCACCAUGACCACAGUAGGUUACGGGGACAUGUACCCCAUGACGGUGGGGGGCAAGAUCGUGGGCUCGCUGUGUGCCAUCGCCGGGGUCCUCACCAUCGCCCUGCCCGUGCCCGUCAUCGUCUCCAACUUCAACUACUUCUACCACCGGGAGACCGAGCAGGAAGAACAAGGCCAGUACACCCACGUCACUUGUGGGCAGCCUGCCCCGGACCUGAAGGCAGCCGACAACGGACUUGGCAAGCCUGAAUUCUCGGAGGCCACCCGGGAGCGGAGACCCAGCUACUUUCCCACUCCACAUCGGGCAUAUGCAGAGAAGAGGAUGCUCACCGAAGUUUGACGGAUGCAGGCCGGGCCUGCACGGAAGGAAGGACACUGGACAAACAAUCCCUUAGGGCUCCUUGUCAUUCUCCACUACUCGCACCCCAGCUCCAGGUGACUUCCUGACUCCCCCCCCCACACACACACCCAGUGGCUGGCGCCAGGACCACACACCUGGACUCUCAGUCUUGUUACUUGACCCCUGCAGCAUCCAAGCUUUCUCCAUCUAAGUGGCAUUUUCCAAACUCUAACGGUGCCACCCAUUCGUGCCCAUCUUCUGUCACAUGGAUGAGAUUUCCAUCUGACCUUCGUCCCUCAAGACUCUGAUUUUUCAUGUCUGGGACUUGUAAUAUCUCUAGGAAGAGCGAUGUUGACAAGAUGGAAACCAGGCACACCUGGGUCCUUUUUCUCCUUAGCAUCUGUGGCUUUGGGGCAUGCACCAGUCUUAGCUUCCGGCCACGUGGUCACUGGCAGAAACGGGUGGACAGAAACAGUACUCCUCCUUUGUUUUCCUCCAGCGCCCUGUAACACCGGCUGCUCAUCCUGAAGAGGACCCCUGGGAGAGCCUUCAGCUGCCCAGCCUGAUACUACGCUAUACAUCUCUAAUCUUGGAUGGAAUUAGAGAAACUACAAUUACACUGGGCCAUUUGGAGGAUGUGAGAGUCAGUCCUGGACCAAAGGGGCCAAUGGAUUCUUCCAGGUGCGAGCUGGCCCGGUAGACACAUCAGUCUUUGGUCUGCACCUCGUUCUCCCCACUCUGAUCCCCUGACCCUCUCGAGCUUCCAGGAAGGCUCCUUCUCAGAGCCAAAUACUCUUCCUGUGCAGAGGAACUGGCAAAGGGGAACCCACAGAGCUGGGAGAAAUGGCCGGAUAUAAUCAAGCACCUGGCUUGACCGCUCAUCAGAAGAGAGGCGCCACGGAGACAGUACCGUCUAGGGGGGCAGAGGAGUCUUCUGCAGACAGCAGAUUUCUCUCCCUCGCUUCCCCCGACCCUCUCUAGUCCUCCACCCUUCUUCCUGGGAGUCUGACUUAGGAUUGCUGUUGAAGGCUUUCUAAAGCGGACUCCAGCCUAAACCCACAGACAGGUAGCAGCACACAUUGGAUGCUAGCGUGGGCUUUUUGUUUUUCCUUUCCAUUUCGUGGGCAAGAGACAGGUGGUUUAGAGUAAGGAAGAAGCAUUAUUCCUUUGCUGACAGCCUCCCUGUUAGAGGUUUCUGCUGAGUCAAGCAAACAUUCUCCUGCUCUGGCCCUGGAGCUGCAGCCCACAGCUCUCACUGGUAAGGUGCCACUUAGACCAAGUCAUCUUCUUCCGUUGUGAACCCCUGUUUCUGUCCCCUCAUCACAUCGUCAUUCAUUUGUUGCCUUGAUCAACUGUGAUGCACUGUUCUGAGCUCUCCUGGGUACAGUUCAGAAACCGGAAGGACUGUUAAUGAGUUUUUAAUUUUAUAAACUAGGCUUUACGGCUCCUUGAUAAGAAUUUUUAAAAAAAUCUUUUCUCAAAGAGCAAACUUAUGAGGGACAGACAGCCUCUUGAGGGUUUUCUUGAGAGACACUGUCCGGAUGUUGCCACACUUUACAGGGUAACUUGGGUGCCACAGUCCCUCUUUGUGCCUCAGUCUCCCCACCCAUUCAAUGGGAACAUUCAUGUCUUCCCCCCACCCCCACCUCAUGGGGAACGGCCCGUGAACUCAUCUGGGAGGCUGGGGAUGACGCUAUGCAAAUGUGUGAACGUCCGUAAUGGUUUCUAGUUCAUUACCACGUUUCCCCAUCCCCCACAGGCAAGGCCUCCCCUGAGAGUUCCUGCCUUGGAUCCAGAGCCCAUACACAGGCCAUUCUGGGCCAUUAGCUCUUUAAAUCCCUCCCUAGCCUCUCAGACUGGGCCUUGGUCUUUCUUCUUACCUUUUGGCCAGGAGGAUGCUCUCUUUGGAGCGAUCCAGUGGGAUCCUUUUGGGGCCAGACACCAUCAUCCUGAUUGGGAGCUUGGCUUCUCCAAACCUGAAAUGCAGGAGGAGAUGCUCAUGAUUCAGACACUUGCUCUGAGCCCAUAGAAUGCCAGGUUUCCAAAUGUCUUCUGGAAUAUUACUCCCGGCAAUUCGGGGGAAAGAGGAGGCCCACGCAGAGGCAAAAGCGAUGCUCCCGGCGAGGGUAAUGUUGGAACACGUAUGCAUGUGUCUCUGUAUGUGUGUGUGUGUCAUCCUCAUCACCAUUUCCUUUUCAAGUCAGAGCAUGCCCGAAAGUAAAGGGUUUAUGGAGAGCUGGGCUCUCCAGGGACUCUGGUUGCCGUAGCAACCUUCCAGACUGUUCUCUCUAUCUUCUGAUUUGGGCAGCCAGGGAGAACAGGAGACUACGUAUUCCCAGCUUCUGAAAGGGGGACGCCUCUCACAUAUGGCUUUAGGGGCUGGUAGGGCUAGGACAGGGAUGCGUGACCUUCGGAAAAUGAAGGGGAAGCGGGUCCCCAAAGCUUCCUAUCUGGACCUUUCUUCCUGGCUUCCCCACCCAGUCACUGAAGCUGCCUCAUCCCACCCCUGAGUCUUCAGAAACUUGAAUGCCAAGCAACUGCCGGUGAAAGCAAUGUCCAUAUUACUGUUUUUGAAAUGGCCUUGGAGGGGACUAGCUUCUCCCGAGGUAGUCAAGCUGGGCCUCGCCAAGGGUCAUACUAGUUUUAGUCCAUAAUAGCACUGCGGGGCACUCACGUCCUCAGAGAGAGGCUCCUCCCAGCACUGAGAGAGACAGAGAAAUGAUGCUUCUGCUUCCCAAGGAACAGUCUAGCUCUUGGGAGGAAUCUCAUAGGUGGUUCAUCUUAAGAUGUCGAAGAAAAACUGAGAGGCGGUGACCUGACCUAGUUCCUGUGAAGGAUUCUGCCAAGUGACCCCCUCUGACUCUGAGCCUCUUGACGUGGAUUUUGCUCCCUGAGCGCCGCGACAAUCUGCGCCCGGUGUGGCUGUGACAGCUGGGGUGGCGAUUUCGCAGCUGCCAGCAGAGGGGUUCAGGUCAUCGUUACGCCUGACUCGGGCCCACAGGAGCGCCCAGAGGUCUUCCUGGAUCUGUGAAGCUCGGCUGAGACGUGGGAGGUGACUCCUGCCAGAUCGGCCCCAGGAGAGAAGGGGACAGCUGGCCGUCUUGGCACCCGAGGAAGGAAGGGAAGAGGCUGGCACAGAGGUCCAAGCCAGGAGACCUACACCUCCACUUCUGAUAGUGGCUGGGAAAAGAGGGUCCGGACCCUCAGCUCCUCCAGAAGACGAGACCCCCUCCGGUGGCCUCCCGCGAGCCUUGACCAGGCUGGAAAAAGCUGGGACCAGACCCACUGGCUAAUUUAAAGAUGGGGCCCAGGAUAUGGGGGUGAAGCUGGGGCGGGGAGGUGAGAGCUGGUGGUGUGGAUCGAAGAGACCAGGUGUGGAGAGGUCAGGGGUCGAGCGAUGUGGGCAAGUGCAUGGCUGUGCUGCAGGCCCGUCUAGGAAAAGGGUGGCCAUGGAGGACCGCCAAUAAACACACGCAGAGUCUCGGAGGCCGUGCGCUUCGCUGUGUGCCAACAUCAACAGCUAAGUUAAGCAGACACGUCAUGCUAAGUCGUGACAAAGGCAGCUAUCCAAGGUGCCUGGGCACCCAGCCAGCGCCCCAGGUGCCACCCACAGAUGGCAUCAGAAAGGACGCUUGAUCACCCUCUGCCGUGACCCCACCCCGGACAGGGGACGUCUUCCAAGGGAGCAGGAUGUGUCACCCACGGUUGAGGAGCGGCCCGCCUCUCCUAUAGACGUGCCUGUGGACAGAUGUCAAGGCCAUAUGAUGCCACGCGCAGGGCGUCCCAGGACAGCGGAGGCUCCUUUCUAGGAAGGACGGAGGACGGCCUCGCGAGAGGUCCUGAGCCUUCCCCGCCCCUCUUUUCUCUCUCUUCCUGGAACUGAGUCCACGGGCUGCUCUGGAAACGACUGGGGUGCUUGACGCCCCCUCGUCCAAGAGGCCCAGGAGCAACGGCCUUCCCAACCCCGCGGGGUAGGAUUAGCCCUCAGACUCGGGGUGGACAGAUCAGCAAAUCAGCAUCCCAGGCUGCGGGCCAGCUGGAGGGCUCUGGGAGUCUGCCCACGAAGAUGUCUUCUCUCAGCAGGACCCAGACCACGAGCAGUAAAGAACCCACAUCAGCAAAGAAAGAGACACUGCAUUUCCAGGAGGCGAUUGAGGGCUGCGUCCCCUUCUUCCCAGUGAAGCCAAAGUCCUCACCAAGGGUCUUUGUGCGGGGCGGGGGGACUGAUCUACAUGAUUUCAUCACACUUGGGGUGGCCUGUGUGUCUGUCAAGGGGCAGCUGUGGGGACGAGGCAAUAAAGGACCCUAGUUCUGGGGACAGCAGUCCAUCAGCCAGUGCAUCAGUAGCACCAACUUCCAACCGCACUGAACACCCGUUACCCUGGAGAAACAGGGAAAAGGGGAGUGUUCCAUGCAGAGGGGCAGCAGCGCUGGUGCACUGCAGUGAGCUGAGCGCAGUCGCGUGUCAGGUGCAGCGUGUGGGGCUGGGGACAGUUGCUGGGACUCAUCUGCAGGACUGCCAGACGUUGAACAAAAGCUAUGAAUUCGGACACCACUAUCAGGUACCUAGUGAUCCCUGUGAACCAGAUCCAAGCCCUUGACAUGAGCCCCUGAAUCCUUGGGACAGCCCUAUGGGAUGGGUGUUAGUACUUAUCCUCACUUAGAGAAGAGAGAACAGAGGCACAGAGGAGUUUAAGUCCCCAGCAUCUCACAAUUGAUAAGCGGGGAGGGGCUGGAGUCCAACCCUGACAAUCUGGGUCCUGGACCCUCGUGCCAGGGUCCCUCUUCUUCUCUCUGAUGAUGAUGGAGGUGGUGGAGAUGCAGCUAACACUUAGGGAGCACUUGCCAUGUGCCGACCCCACCCUUUUGGAGAUUUUCCUGGUCCAAAGACAUUCCAACUGAGGACAGAAGAACACAGAAGAAUGCAUGGGCAGAGACUGAGUACAGUCCAAGAUGCUGCUUAUGGGAAUAAUAGUGGUGAUGAUGAUGAUCUGAGGUUAAUAAAAGCAAUGAU